ACCCACUUCUCCGGCUGAGUGUGGCCAGCACGACACCCUGGAGACACUCUCUCCUCUUUCAGUCUCAGCCUCCGGGGGAAGCUCCUACACUCAAUUACUUCUUUAGGGAAAGUCUCGCCUCCAACCCAGAGCAGUCUGGAUUACAGCAGGAAGCCCUGCCUGGGCCCAGGUACCACCAUGACUGAAGUUGGUUGGUGGAAGCUGACCUUUCUCCGGAAAAAGAAAUCCACUCCCAAAGUGCUCUAUGAGAUCCCUGACACCUAUAGCCAAAUGGAGGGAGUUGCAGAGCCCCCAGGGCCCGACGCCGAAGGCACCAACAGCGACUUCAACAGCCGCCUGGAGAAGAUUGUGGACAAGAACACGAAGGGCAAGCAUGUCAAAGUCUCCAAUUCAGGGCGCUUUAAGGAGAAGAAAAAAGUUCGGGCCAUGCUGGCGGAGAACCCCAGCCUCUUUGAUGACAGGGAGGACAAAGGACAGUGAAGGGGUGGGGGUGAGGAUGCUAGUACCUCCUGUGCCCUGCCAAUGGUGGGGUCUGAGACAGGAGCUUGCCACACUGACCUCUUGGGUCAUAGCUGAAGCCACGGGGGGACGGUGAAUACCUGCUGGCAGGAAACACCUGAUUCUUAGGUUUGUAUUUAUGUGCUCUGGCUUUAUGAAAGGCCUGGGAGAUCCUAGGGUCCUCCUUCUCCCCAUGAUCACAUACAAAAGCACUCCCAUUCAACAUGAAAACUGCCACUCCAAAGCACAGCUCUCCUUGGCACAGUGGCAGAGCUCCGGGCAGCAGCAUGUACGGGGAGCAUAGACAGGGAACCCAAUGGACUCUACCUUUUCCCUGGGUGCAGGGUUAAGGGUGAGUUUGACUUGCCACUCCCUCUACUUUCUCUACCUGUGACUGUUUCCUGGACCCAAUCCUAGGAGAGCACAUUUUCCAGAAACCAUGUGAUAGCACUGGUUUCUUUGGCGCCAGAGGAAAUGUUGAACUUGAGUUCACCUCUUAAUACAAGAAGUAAACUUCCUGGAACUUUGCUCCCAAGAAUGGAGUGGCAGAGGACAUAGGCACACCCCGGGGUACGACAGAAGACUAGAUCAGUGAUCACCCCCUGGGUUCCUGUCUUGGCCACCACUUGUGUGGGUGCCCAGUCAUAUACCCCCAAAGAGAAGCCUCACUGGCCCAAGGGUCCAAACUGGAGGAGUGGAUGGGAAACUGGAGCUAAAAGCAGUCCAUUACCUCCACUCCUUCCUCUAUAGUAUUUAAGAUGGAACAGCCCCAGAAGUGAAUCCUGGAGCCUUGAAUUUUAUUUGAAAAGUAAUGGUAGGUUUUUC